GUACAUAAUGCCAGCAAGCAUACAAGCUGUUGUCUAAGGAGGCCAUUUUUGUUAUGUGAAUAAAUACGAUUUAGUUUUCAGUUUGUCAAGUCAAAAUUACAUAGAAUUUGUAGAAUUAAAUUUUUUGACAGAUUCCUAAAAUUUGUGUUUUGCCUUAUGAGAGGUGGUCUAAUAAAUUGAUUAGCACUAUAUGUUUUCAUAGCAUUCAGUUGGCACAUUUGUUUUAAGGACAUUGGAAAAUUUUUAGAUAAAUGCUUAAUAAAUGCAUUAUACUAACUAAAACUACUACUUCCACAUUCUGCCCAAACUCAUAUAGGUUUUAUUUUAAUAUUUUAGCAUGCAAUAUAGAAAGAUCUAUCACACACACACAACAUACCUUUAAAUUAAAAUUAAAUAAAACCACUUAUUUUAAGAAACAAGAACAUUUCAUCAAAUGAAACAAUGAUCAUAUAAUAUUAAUUCUUUAUAACAACUUACAAUAACUUCAUAGAGACAUUUAUAUAAAUCAAUUUAGAAGAAUCCUUAUUAGGGUUACUAAAGUAAUUCAGUCAAUAACAGUGAGUGAUUUUCUCUCUUUUGUUGCUUGAUUAAUAUUAAUGACACAGACAACAGCAACUUACUCAAGCUGCUGUCCCCUUAAAACUGAAUGCACUGGUUCAUUAUACGGAUACACAUCCGAUAUUCUACCAACUAUUUUCAUUCACUUAAAAUGUAACCAAACGGGUACUUGUCAAACAGGGCAGUUCAGCAUAAUGUUGUGUAUUCCUCCGUUCAUGCAACGUGACAGAGCUGAAUUCAGUACUUGUACGCUGUGAGAGAAGCACUUUUCUGUGUGCAUGAUUCAGGUGUGCGCACUCAGAAAACAGUCUCACGUUCUCAUUUACCUUAUAAAUGCUCUUCUCUUACUCCCAGAUAUUGGGAGUAAUAUAACAAUUUUUGAAUGUUUUUUGAGAAGCGAGGCAAGUGUAUGCUAGCUCAUGUCCCGCUGGAUAGAUCAACAGACUGUUACAGUUCAAAUGUGCGCAUCUAAACUCCCAACCACACAGGAGAUUAGUUCUGACAAGAUCUCUUCCCAAACAGUCCCUACCAAACAUUUUCUCAUUUUUAUUAGUUAAUGAAAAUGCCAAUAGAUUUCCGUCAGUUUGUCAUUUUAAAAUGAAUUUUUAUUCUUAUCACCAGUUUAAAAAAAAUGUAUACAUUUAUGAAAAUUUUAACUAAAUUAACGCCGUUCCACACAAAACUGACUAACCCGAUCCUAACGCUUGCCUAUCCUUCAUCAACCUAAAAUUUGAGCAAACAUGAUGCACUUUCUACCGUCUCGGUCUCUGUGAACUUGAGCUUGAAACUCCAUGUAUAUCUUUGCCUUACAGCCUUUUAAAAACAUCUAUUGAGAGUAAAAUAUCUACUUAAAAAAAAAAAAAAAAAAAAAACCUAUUCAAAUGGAAAACAAAUGGCCUAUUCUCAGAUUAAUCUGUAUGAAACAUGCUUACAGGCGAGUCUACUACUGCAGAGAUGACGAGUCAGAGUCGCCGAGGUCAUCUCUUAAUCCGAAAACAAAGAAAGCACUAGUUUAUCAAAUUAUUAAAAUGUUAAUGCAUUCUGCUUAGGUUUUUUUCCCCUGACUAACUCAUAAUCAUUACUUCUGCGGUCCACUGUGGAAAGCUUUAUGUGUGUGCUUGAGCACUUAAGCUACGUAGGCAAUUAAAGGCUCAUUAUAAUGUUUAAAUGGUUUAUUAAUAAACAAGGUUAGUCGACUAAUGCUUCAAAUGAACGACAAGUCGGCCAGAAAAAUCCUUACUCGAGGGCCGCCCUAGUUUUGAGACAGAAUUCACAAUUCGAUUCUAUUAUUUUACACAAGAUUGAUAUUCGAAUUAAAUUAAAUUCAAUAUUGAUUUAGGAUAUAUAUCAGGAAAAGGGCAUGGCAAAUUUUCUCAAGGAAGAAAAAAAACACAAACUAAAUUUACAUUUAAAUGGUGGUUGUCACAACUUGACAGAUUUAUUCUAAAAUUUUAUAUUGAAGAACAGUAACUUUGUUUCACAUCAAGCUUAUUGCAGUUUUUUGGAUGGGAGGCCAUCUGUUCAUUAUCUGACAGGCUAGACUAAAUUGAUUCUUUGGAUUUAUGAAUCAAUAUCAUUUCAUAAAAAUAAGAAUCUAUUAAAAUUGAGAAUUUUUUUUUUCAACCCAGCCCUAGUUUUAAUUAAAAGAAAUACCAGUAAAAUUUAACUUUCCAUUUUUUGUUGAUAAUUCAAAACUUUGCAUGCAAAAGAGAUGUUUGAAAUUAAGAACCCUAAUAUUUUGUGAAUGUAAAGGACAAUCAAUUUCAUAUAGAAAGUGCGUCAGCAGCAUAAUAAGCCCCAGAUACAGAUCCCCUGUAAAGACCUUGUGUCAGAGGACCACCAGGACAAGACCACAGGAAACAGAUGAUUCUUCUGCACAAUCUGAAUUUGCUGCAGUCUGGAAUUGAACUACUGGUUUCGUCUGGUCAGAGGAGAACUGAUCCCCCAACUUAACCUGGUUUCUCCCAAGGUUUUUUUCUCCAUUCUGUCACCGAUGGAGUUUUCUUUGCUCAAGCAGGUCACAUGAAGGGGUGUGUGUGUUUGAAGAUGUCAACAGGGCUGUGUUCACACCUUUCCCCAACUCCUUUAUUUCUUAAUGAUCAGAAAAGCAGACCACAAAAAGGAAGCCGCACCCUUGCAGCCGAUCAUCACUGUAUGUGAAAGAAGAACGAAAGUAUACCAGAAAUAGGAGUGGACUGCUUUGCCUAGCUCUGAAUCUUGUUUCAGUUGAUCUUGGCAACUGAAAUAGUUAACCCAGGAAAUGCCUAAAGCCAAGCUGGGAGAGAUCAUCAUCUGUGAAUUCUGCAGGAAGAGGAGCAGCAAAUCAAAGAGAUGAAAGCAAAGGCUUGACAAAUCAUAGGAGUAGGAACACCCUACAGGCGUUAUAAAACGGUACAAUAAGAAAGCAUACAGCAUAUAUUUGAAACAGUACUGACAAAACAAAACGGUCUCAUUCAGUCCAAGGGAAAGAUGGUAUUAAAAGGGGACUUUGACAAAGAAAAAAAAAACAUUAAGAAAACAUCUCAAAAUAUCUUUAAUGCAUCACUAAAGAAAAUCACACAAGUUUGGACUAUUUUGAAGGUUUCCACAUAUCUGGACAGUUUACUCAGAGGCUUGACAAAUCCAAAGAACCAAAGAGAUCAUGCGAUGGAAGCGGAAGCACAGAUACUGCAGUGUGGCACUUUUCCUCAUUGUGCUCGUGUUUGUGGGAAGACUCGUUUAUCAGGGUCAGUGGCACUGUAAAAUCACCCAGGAGACACUUGCUGCUCAAGAGCUCCAAACCAUAAAAACCUCCUUCAACUUCUCCAUGACAUAUCUAUUAAGGUUGAAGGAGCUUGAAGAGUCUUCUAAACUACUGACGUCAAAUGAAAACAUCUCAGCUACGGAUGGAAGUUUGCAGCAGAAGUUGGAAAACUCCUCGCUUUUGAACAUCAGUUUGAACGACGAGAUGAGCGUGGCAAAGAUACUUCAAGAUGAACCUUAUGAGUACAUCCUUAACGAACCAUUCUCAUGUCUGCUGCGAGCUCCUUUCUUAGUGCUUUUGAUUGCAGUUGAGCCCAAGAAAACAGAUGCCAGGGAUGCCAUCAGGAAAACGUGGGCCAAUGAAAGUGUGGCUUGGGGUUUGGGUAUCAUCAGGCUUUUUUUCAUAGGUGUAAAUCAAGACACCCAAAGAAAUGGCAGCAAACUACAGCAUACAAUAGAAGAAGAAAGUGACCGGUAUCACGACAUCAUCCAACAAGAUUACAGGGACACUUACAACAACCUUACCCUAAAAACGCUGAUGGGGAUGUACUGGAUCACAAAGUACUGUCCCGAGGCCAAAUAUGUCAUGAAGACCGACAGCGAUAUGUUUGUCAACACCGAAUACCUCAUGGAGAAAAUACUAAAGCCCAAAGGGCAACAGACACAGAAGUAUUUCACCGGACUUCACAUGACAGGCUUCUUCCCAAACCGAAACAACGAGAGUAAAUGGUAUAUGCCCCUAGAAUUGUUCCCUGGAAGGCAAUACCCCACCUUUUGUUCUGGGACUGGAUACGUCUUCUCAGGUGAUGUGGCUCAAAGGAUAUAUGUGGCAUCUCUGACCAUACCCAGACUGCAUUUAGAAGACGUUUACGUGGGUAUUUGUCUAGCUAAACUGAAGAUAGAGCCAGAGCCGCCACCAAAUGAACAUCUGUUCAAUCACUGGCAAGUGCCCUACUCUAGCUGUACGUACAGCAACCUGAUCACCUCCCAUGGGUUUGGCCCCAAUGAGCUGAUCCAGUACUGGCAGCACCUGCAGAGCAACAAGCACAUUCCCUGCCAAACAACAGGAUGAAACGUUCAAUAAACAGGUUUUGUAUGUGUGUGUGCGUGCCAGGGGUGGGUUCUGUCAAAUAAAACACCUUUUCCAUUAUUAUUAUUAUCAUCUUUUUUCCUCAGUUAUCUAAAUCUUUAAUUGAUUAUUUUCACAAACCUGGUUGAUUAAAUUUGUAUGAAAAUAUUCAGUUUUGGUUUUAAGUAUUUUUUUUUUUAUAUAUAGGAUUUUGAAUAUGUUCUUCAAGAUGAAAAGCUGAAAAGGGUCUUCAAGAUACUAAAAAACAGUUAUAAUGCAUUAAGAAAAUAAGGCCAUUUUGGUUCAACCAGUGCCUUAAAGAAAGGAUCACAAGUGUAGCAUUUGCCAUCCAAUGGAGAGUAAAAUGGUAGUACAAAAUAUCUUUUGGAUGUUUCUUGAACCUAGGUUCAUGAUUGAAUUGCAGAUUACGAUUAAUUUACUGCCAUUUUGUGCACAUGUAAUCCCUAAAAAGAAACUGAUCUGAUUAGAAGUACUUAAGUUAUGGAAACAGAUUACAUGUAAACAGUAACUACAAGGCACAGAAAGUACUAUCAUCAGCAAAGAGAACGGAGAACGAUAACUUAAAUCAGUUAUAUACUAUGAAAUAUCCAGGUUAUUCUACUUUGAGUCGUUCACACCCUUGGACAAGGAAUCAUAAAUUUCUAUCAACAUUAUCAAUGCCUAAACAUAACACCAAAAUGAAUCCGCGGCAGUUAGUAGGUACAACGUUCACAUGGUGAAGUCAUAAUUACAUGUUGUAAAAAUUAGUUGGAAUCUGGAAAUGACAUUGUGUGAACACACGUACACAUGACAGCUAAUCCUGUGACUCACAAAAAAAAUAUCACAAGACUCUGGAAUGUGCUACGAGACAAUAAGCAAGAAGCUUGGUGAGAAUGAGAUAACUGUUGG